ACCAUAACAAUUACUUUGUGACAUUUUAAAGUUCAAAUUCUCAAAACAAUUAUUAAGUAACAUUGCUAUACAACACCGUCCAGCCCACGCAGACGCUUUGAGUAAAAACCAAAAGCUCUCAUCAAAGUCAAAGAAGUCAAGAAACGAAAACAACAACAAGCAAGAUGAGAAGACUAAAAGAAAUGACCAAAUCUUGAUAUGCCCCCAAAACAAAAAAGAAGUCAAGAGUAUUAACUGCCAUGGAAUGGAAACUAAAGCGUCAUUCGUUGAAGCGAAUGUUGAAGUAAGAUAAAAACAGGCAACAAAAACCGGCUGGCACUCAUUCAGUUCGUUGCUGGUCGACGGAAGUGACGGUUAACGGGAGAAAAGUUUUGUUUUAUUACAAAAAAAAUAUAACGUAAAACCCCCUCGUCGGCGAUAAUCGAUCAAACGGAAUACAUUUCUAUAUAGAAAAAUUUGUUUACAAUGGAGUAUCUACACUAUGCCUAUGAGAAACUAUUCGGUGCCGGCUCCCAGAUCAAUGGCACGCAAUGUUCUAGCCACACACCACGAAAAGUGAUUUGUUUUGGCAAUGUUCUGCUGGAUCGCAUAGUCAAACUAGAAGAUCCGGAAUUACUUAAGCGUUAUGAUCUAAAAAUGGGUUCGAAAGGCGAAAUGGAACUGGAGAAGCUGAACCAACUGGCUUUGGAUGCUGCCAAUAGUUCCCAUUGUCUGACGAAUCCCGGCGGCUCUGCUCUUAAUACAGUUCGAAUCUUAAAGCAAUUGGGUACAGAUGCUUUGUUCUUUGGAGCCGUGGGAGCCGAUAAACAUGCCGAACAAUUGCGUUCGAUAUUCGAAGAACGUGGAAUUGAUGCCAAACUACAGACUGUGGACUCCUCCCAUACUGGACAAUGUGUGUGCCUUAUGUAUAAUGAUAAUCCCACUUUGUAUGCGAAUAUUGGUGCCUCGGCUUUAUAUUCACUUGAGCCAUUCAAACAUGCCGUCAUCCAUGAGGGCGAGACAUUCUUACGUCCAGUGGAACGACGACAAAUUGUAUAUAUCGAAGGUUUCUUUGUGCCCAAGCGUGAAGAAGUCUGUGUUUAUAUAAUGCAUCAUUUGAUUAGAGAACGUCGUCGCAUGGCCUUGAAUCUAAGUGCUCCAUAUAUUGUGAAAAAUCACACUCAGACCAUAAUGCAAUUGGCGUUGAGAGCUUUCUUCAUUUUUGGCAAUCGUCAAGAGUUCGAGGAACUGGUCAAAGCAACGGGUCACACCAGUAUCGAUGAAUUGGCCGAGAAAUUGCUUGAAGGUGGCAAUAUUAAAGUAAUACUUAUCACAAAUGGUUCAAAGGGUGUUCAGAUUAUCACCAACUAUGUGGAAGAACAAUCUGCUGCAGGUCCCAUUAUCUUUGAGGACUAUCGAGCUCAACAGGUGGACGAACUGGUGGAUGCAACAGGUGCUGGUGAUUCAUUUGUGGCUGGUUUCCUACAUGCCUGGCUGGAGAGGCGUUCCCUGAGCGAAAGCAUACGCAUUGCCACAAAUGUGGCCGCCAAAGUGGUCACACAAGUUGGUUGCAAUCUUCCUCAGACAUGAAUUUAUGAUUUUAUUCACCCAUAAUCUCUUUAAUAAGUGAGUGAGCACACACACAAAAUAUGGCACCAAAGUAGACUUUUGUUUGUAUGAAUCUUGUACAUCCAUUUAGUAGUUAGUUCCUUCUCAAAGCAAUGUACUUAGUCAUUAAGCUGAAUAUAUAACAAUCUCGUAUAAAACAAAA